AUGGCCUCUGAUACACAGUACAAGCUCUCACCCGAGCAAGUUACCCACUUCAUGCAGUAUGGAUACGUGCGCGUUCCAGAAUGCUUUUCCCGCGACAAGGCAGCCGCAUGGACCGCCGAUGUGUGGACAAGACUCGGCUUCUCCCCGACAGACAAGGCAACCUGGAAAACCGAAUGCACACAUAUGCCCGAGCACAAAGAAGUGUCCGUGAAGACGUUUGCGCCCAAAGCAUGGUCUGCCAUCUGUGAGCUACUUGGUGGCGAGAGUCGUAUCGCCGAGCAUUCGGCGACCUGGAAUGAUGCGUUUAUUGUGAAUCUUGGCACACCCGAGAUGGAAGGAAAGUGGCCUCAUCCAUCUGAGCUACAGGAGUGGCAUGUUGAUGGAGACUUUUUUGUUCAUUUUCUCGAUUCGCCGGAGCAGGGGCUGCUGGUCAUUCCCCUGUUCAGUGACAUUCAGGAGCAUGGGGGUGGAACGAUGGUUUGUGCCGAUUCGGUGAAGCAGAUGGCUCGCUUUUUGUAUGACAAUCCUCGAGGUGUAUCCCCUUAUAUGAUUCCCCGUGGGUGGAAGUUCCGCAAGCCAAAGGGCGAUUUCUACGACUCGAUUCUGGAAAAGUGUCAGGAUUUCCAUGAAAUGACUGGCCAAGUGGGAGACGUGAUUCUGCUUCAUCCAUUCAUGUGUAGUGGAGAGGAAGACACUUCAGGAUCUUGGCAAGGAUCGGUUGCGAGGCUGGAAAAGAUCAAGGGUGGUCGGGAGUCCGUUGUUCAUGAGCGGCUGGAUGAGCAGGAGGAAAUGAAGAACCAAGAGCUGGGAAGACUAAACGGCUGA